UGUCUCUCAACAUUCCUCUGCAUCGGUCCCGAGUCUGUCCUCACCCUCCUUCGUCCACCGUCGAGUACGCCUGCGAGAAGCAGCCCAUGCGUUCUCCGUCCACAUCAUGGCGCCCUGGCUGAGGGUUUUGGAAGCAUACCUCGUGCAAGCCCUACUACGCACUCCGGCCUUCCACCGUGGCGUCGAAAAGGUUGUAAGAGGAGUUAAUCGCGUUCGACACGGCAUUCCUCCAGAGGAAAUGGGCGGCACGAAGCUCGACCAGCCGGGAGAAGGUGGUUUCCUCAAACACUUCUCCGAAGAGAUCCAGACGCAACUUGGAAGGGCUGAAGGCGGGGUGAGCCGGGAGAAGGUGGCUGUCAAGAGCAAGCCGGCGGCGGCGCAGCAAGAGGCGGAGGAUCAAAGUGCGGACACCGUGUGGCGGACAGCUCGCAAAAAUGUGGAAGAUGGGCACCAGCAAGAGGGCCAGCAAGGUUUCAUGGGAGAGUACAUGGCAGCUUUGCGCGAGCAAGUCAAGGGAGGCAAGUGAAUAUGCUGGGAGCAUGGAAAGAGUCAAAACGGAUUCUGGAAGCUGCGCUCUGCGUUAUAGAUGACAAUCUGCCUGGAGUGUCGAUAUUGAUGGGCUUCAUCCUCCAACCGCAACGACUUUCGAGAAGUGGCCAAGGCGGCAUUCUAUCGAGAAACACCCAAGGACGCACCUUUGCUGAACGCGGCAGACCAAACUCGCAUGAGAGACCCCAUCGCCACUCCAGUUGACCAUCUACACCAUGAAAGCGUUGCGUGAGCACAGCUUUACUGCUGACUAGAAG